UUUCUUCUACAGUCGUGUACUCAUCUUUAUGAAAUCAAGAACGAUCGAGAAAUAGAGAGAGAGAGAGAUCAAGAAGUCGGGUGCGUUUCUUUGCUUUGCACGAAGAGAUAGAGAGAGAGAUCAAGAAGUCGGGUGCGUUUCUUUGCUUUGCACGAAGAGAUAGAGAGGGAGAUCGGGGGCAAAUCUCUAAAGCACAGCGUCGUCGCCGAGUCAAUCCAAUUGGGUUCCAAAGUUUGAACCUUUAAUCUGUGAUGGCAUCAAAAGGUAUUUCGAGAGGAACAAAGAGAAUAUUAAGAGAGUAUGAUGUUGAAAGUCGUGAUAGUCAAGAAAAGAUUCAACAAAUUUGUACUACUCAAAACUCUGCUGUGAGAAGAACUGAAUCUGAUCAUUUAUGUUUUGGUGGGAAUGAGGAUCGUCCAGUUAACUCAAAGAGGUGGAAAACAUUGUUCCAUGAACAAACUGCUGGUGUUGGAGUUAGUGCAGCAUCAAAUAUUCAUAAUGUGGUUGCAGAAGGUCAAUAUUCGCAUUCAUCUGGUCAAGCAUCAUAUCAAAAGACAAAGCAAGGAUUGAUUGUAACAUAUCAAGAUUUGGGUGACAAUAUUUAUAUAUGCAAUUAUUGUAAUGCAUAUUUUUGGUCUGAAGAAUCUCUUAAACAACAAUCUGCAAAUGCACAGCCUAUUUAUACAAAUUGUUGCGGAAAAGGAAAAGUCAAACUAGAACGAGCCAAACCUACUCCAAGUUUUCUCGAAAAAUUAUUGGAUCCAAACAAUGGUUUAGAGAGCAGAUUAUUUAGAGAAAAUAUUCGAGUAUAUAAUUCAAUGUUUUCAUUUACAUCAAUGGGAGCAACAAUUGAUCAUAAAAUAAAUGCUGGAUCAGGUCCUUAUAUUUUCAAAAUUAGUGGCCAACUUCAACAGGAAUCAACAAAGGCUGUGAUUUAG